ACCAUAAUUUUUAAUACCUUUUCCAUAAAUUUGUAUUUUGGAAUUAAAAUUCCUUGACUAAAAAAAAUGCAGUGGGUGAAUCUAAAUUGGUUCUUAUAUUUUUAUACCUCAAACUUUGAUAUCGUAUUGAAUAAUCCCCAUAACUGUAAAUCUAGUCUGUGUGACUUGUUGCCCAUAUUUUUUUUCAAUUUCGCAAUGAGAAUUCAUAAUUGAAAUCGUGAUUUCCGAGUUCUGAAAUGAGAACUUUGGAAUUACGAUGCAAUAAUAAUGUUUGAUUAAUUUUUUUAUAUUUUAACAAGGAGUUAAAAAUGAUCUAGACCUUUUCAAUUUAUGGGCUUUUUAUAAAUAUAAAAAAAUCUUUACUGAAUUGUAUAGAAAAUAUUUUUCGUUUUGAGACUCGGGUUAAUAAACAGAAGACAAGAAUGUCGGAAAAUGGUAGGGUCAUCUAAGGUAAUUAUGAUCAUUAUUGAUUUGAUUUCUUAUUAGGUUAUGAUUUUAAGUAUUGGCAGUAUUUCUAGAGCACUGCGUCUGGAUACGAUUUGUGUUCUUUCUAAUAUUACCAUUGAUUAGUCAUGGGGUAUUUUCGUUUUGACAUUUCAUACGUUAUGUAGAACGGUUUAUUUUCAAAAUCUUGAUGGUUAUUGGUUUUUUAAUCAUAAAAGGUAAGUUUAAGUAAUCAAACAAAUUUCCAGAGAAAUGAAUAUUGUGAACUGUAAUGACACACUUGGUAUCUGUAACUUAAAAAAAUGAUCGAAUAUCACAUUUGAUUCAUUUGAUUUCCACCAUAGCCAUAAUGACGACAGAUUUGUUGUAAACAUUGUUUAGCACACAAUUUUUAAAUUUUUUGUGAACAUGAUUUUAACUUAUCUAUCGAAAAUAUGUUUUAAAUGCAUCAUAGUGUCGUCGACACCAGCUUUUUUUUUUCUAUUUCCAUAACGAUUUUGUGUACGGUGUUUUUUAAUCAUUUUGAUAAAAAGUUUUAAAAAACUGAAAAUAGAAUCGAGUUCGUCUAAAUGUUCAAUGGUAUGAACAUGGUUUUUAUGAAAAUAUUGCUUUUCGUCAAUGAAAUUGGAUCAUCAAUACCUGGGAAAUCUUGAAUUUAAAAACCGGGAAACCGGGAAAAAACCGGGAAUUUCAAAAUGAAUAAGCUGUGGCCACCCUGGAUGCUGCUUAACUAUUGCCCUAUAUUUCUCGCUGGGAUGAAAAUCCGGACAGUUUGGUGGAUUGAUACUUUUUUCAACAAAAUCGAUUUUUUUCUCCUUAUACCACUUAACGACAUCCCGGCUGUAGUGGUAGCUUGCCAGGUCCGGCCAGAACUUUACCGGGCCUUUGUGGGACCGAAUGAAUGGCAAAGCCUCUUCUGGAGACAUUCUUCUUUGUAAACAUUUCCAUUCAUUGUGUCCCCAGUGAUGAAAACCUUAGUCUUCUUCCCACAACUACAGAUCCCUUGCCAAAUCAUCAACUUACGAGCAAAUUUAUCUGCGAAAACAAACUUGAAUCUACCCGCAACAUCCCUUUACGCUUCGCAAGGUAAAAUUUGUUACCGGGUAUUUGUCCCAAAUCCAUUUUGACGUAAGUUUCGUCGUCCAUCAAAAUGCAUCCGUUGUACUUGGUCAACACUUAUACCGUAUUUGUUUUCUCCCCUCGAUCAGUGGUCUACCGUAUUCGACAAAAACAAACAUAAAUCGUCGCCAGUGUAUUGCUACCUCACUCACUCACAUGCUCUCUCGCAACACUGACAAAAUUUUCGGGACACUACCGCCCGAUGGCAGUACAACACCAGGUCAAAACCAGUGCAACACCGUCCAAAUAAACAAACAGUUUGACAGCACCUAGUGGUGCACCAGUGCAACACUAGUGCAACACUCGGCAUAAACAAAUACGGUAUUACUAGUACAACUUCCUUGCCCUGGUUUUGGCAACCAGAUUUUGUUUCAGCGUCCUGUUGCGGUGUUUGCUUGCAUGAUACGACCACAAGCCUUCUCGCAAACAAAUUCGUCGAGCUGUACUGUGGUUCGUCUUGAACUUUUUCGCCAAAUCACGCAAGAAGAUUCUAGGAUUAUUGUGAAUUGAUCGAAUUACCUUCCGGUCAUAUGUUCCACUUUUACGCCUGGUUUGUUUUGCUCGAUUCACCGUAAGGGUCUCCCGGUAACGUUGCAGCACCGAAUUUACACAGUCGAUUUAGGAUAUUUCAGGAAUUUCGCGAUCUUUACCCCUGACCACGUCGGUUUCUCCACGUGAAUGUGCAGAAUUUUCUCUCGCCUUUCGCGUCCCAUCGUCGAUAACUUUUGAUUGACUGCUUCAAUCUUGUUGAAAUUUUCACCACUAAGUAAACAAACCAUCCGAAUCAAAACACUGUCAAUAGAUUUGCGAUGUGACAACUAGGGGCGCUGCAGUAAAUAAAAAGAUGCGACCAGAUUCUAUGUGAAACAGACUUUUCUAUUUUUCGGAAAACAUCCCUCGAAACGUCGAAGGAAAAAUGCUCCGAAAAACGGUCGGUCGAUCUCACUGCACCGAUGAGGGCGCUGUUAGUUCCGUAAUGGUUCAUUCGAAUCGAAAUGUACAAUUGAAGAUCCUGAUUCCCAAGACCACGGGAUCGUACACUAAGUGGAAUAGCCUCCAGUAGCGUGGGACAGUCGAUUUGCGAUGUCAGGAGAUCGGCGACGAAUAAGGCACGUGUAGCUUGUCAAUAUCAAUGAGGUGGCACCCAUUUACGUAGGUAGGCAAGCGAAAAAGAUCUUGCCAGUUCAGGUGUCUAAGGGCGUAUCGCAAGAAUCGCUGCUGAAUUGCCUCGAGCCGAUCGACACCGUUCUGGUAGUUAAGGCCCCAGGCAGCUGAUGCGUAUUCAAGGAUGGAACGAACGAUGCGGCAGUGUAGGUGUUAGGUUAUGAGGGAAAUUUUGCGGAUCACCAAGGAUUCACGAUAGCAGACAAAUUUGAUGGUCAGCUUCGAGCUGUAAAUUAGUGGUUUAUUAGAUAUUGUAGACAUUGUAAUUUGGGGUUUAAUAAUCUUACAAUUUUUGGUGCGAUCUACACCUUUACUGGAAAUGAGUCGGCUGUAGUUACCCACGAGUAGAUCUGUGCCUGCAUGAUAAUCUAAAUUUUAUAAGUGUUCAUAGUACUUACAAUAAAGCUGAUCUUUAAUAAACUAAUUUAAAUGGGGAAAUAUGAUCAACUGCACUAAACGAUAUGGAUUUAGAAAUUCUAUUCUCUAUAACAGAACGGUCGAAAGUUCACUUCAGGUGGAAAGACUUAACAACUUUUUCCCAGUUCUUCCCUCACUCGUGACAGUUCUCUCCGCGCACGUCAAUUUUGUCAUCUAAUGCAGCGUCGCGUCGUGCAGUGUUGCGGCAACGAGGGACCCCGUCGUCACAGUAGGCUUUUCAGGCAAUACACGUACUUGAAGUCCUUCGCCACUCUAAAAAUUUAACCAAGACUUCUGAAUGCUUUAUCAAUCACGUAGUUGGUGUGUGCCUUGGGUUCUAGGCGUUGAUCUGAAAUUAUUUACGCCAAGAUCGUUAACGUGGUUCAUACGUGCGAUGGGUUCGCAAAAGUUUGAGGCCGUCGAGAAGUGACAAGUGAGAAGUGUUGUCACUGACAACACGUUGUUGAAAUAAAUUAGGAAAAUAAUCGAUCUUAGAUGGCUACCUUUGGCCACACCGGAGUUGGCAGGGAACUACCUAGAAAAAAUGUCACCCGUUCGAACUAUCAAUUUACAGCCAGUUUAAGUAAUUUCGGAACCCAAGUAGAGUGUAGCGGACAGAUCGGUAUAGAUAGCAUCAGUUUGAGAUUUGGCAGCAAAACUUUCAUGCACAAAAGAAGUGAACGUUAGCAAGUUAUUUGCCGUAGAGCGUUUGGGCAUGAAUCUGUGCUGAUCAUUGCAGAUGUUAUUUUUGCAGGACGUGAAAAAAAGGAUCCAAGCCCACCAAUUCAAAUAGUUUGGCAAUCGAACAUAAGGCAGAGAUUCCACGGUAAUUGUUGACAUCUCCUGACACUCCUUUCUUCUUUUUUUUGUACCGGGAACAUGUAAACUUACUUUCAUAGUAAAGUUAUGCGAAGCUUGAAAAAAUAAGCCGAAUAGGAGUCAGCAAAACAGGCAUAAAACUUUUUAAAAAGCAGUUGGUAUCCCGUCCGGGCCCUUAGAAAAGGAAUUCUUGAGCUUCGCUAAUGAUUUAGAGAACUGCCUCCUCGAUUUCAAUACCAUUCAGCCCAAUAAGCCCAAUAAGGAAACUUUCCUGACACUGCAAGCUUAAUGUUCUGAGGAUGUUGAAGCUGAAGUCAAAAUACUAGAGGAUUUUCUGGGCGAAGAGUUCGCAGAUUCCACGAUCAGAGUUCGCCGUAAUGCCAUCCAGAAACAUGUUUGAAGGUAUACCAGGUUCUUUGCGCUGACUAUUUACGUGUUACCAAAACGAUUUUGGGCAAGACUUGAGGUUACGUUGUACGCGACAUAGGUAGUAUGGUAACAACGUUCAUUGGCUUUUUAAUAAGCGGAGUUAAGUUAACGGUAUAAUUUUUGCUUCUAGUAUUUUCGAAGGGCACAUCUCUUUGCCGUCUUCGGUCGUCUCAGUUCAGUCGUGAUCCAGGGAAUUCCCAUAUUUCCACCGCUAGAGCGUUUUGGGACGUGACGAUCGAUGACAUAAUUCAGAAUAUGUUAGAAGGUUUCUGCGGCAUCAUUGGGAUUUGAUAGAUCAAGCUCAGAUACCCAGUCGAUAGUGGCCAUGUUGUUUGAAUUAUGAAAUUUGGGGUUUCGGUGAAAUCGAAUUAAAUUUCUUUUUCAAGUUUAAUUAGUAUAUAAUUCAGGAAAAAUAUUCAGUUGUUGGCGGCGUACCACUCCAUGGCCUUUUUACCGUAAUAACAAGAUGCCAAAUCCGGUCAAAACAGUACGGAAAAACUGUUUUUCUUAAGGAAAGGCAGCAGACGUUUAUUCAAACACUCUUUCACGUAAAUUUCUUGGUUGACAAUUCCGGAAGCUAUGAAAAUGGUGCUUUUCAAGCAACAGGUACAGAUGGCUUGCCAAACCAUAUAUUUCUUUGCGAACUUUGACAGUUUCAUGUGCUUGAAAAUAUCUGCUACCUUUCCCCUUCCUUUUGCCGUAUAAAACUCCUGUCCCGGAAGCUGCUUGUAGUCGGCUUUGACGUAGGUUUCGUCGUCCAUUACCACGCAGUCAAACUUCGUGCUUUGGCCGUCGUAUUUUGUUUAUCAUCGCGAUUUGGAGUCAAUACCUUCUUGUAAGUCGAUAGUCCGGCUCGUUUUUUGGCUCGAUGCACGGUUGUAGACGAUACACCCAGCUUAUUUGCGGCAUCUCGGAGAGAGAGGUUAGGGUUUCGCUUGAAACUACCGGCAACUCUCUUUGUCAUCUCAGUGGCUUCCGGUUUUCGAUUUCCCCCCGAUCCAGACUUCCUGGCUGUCGACAAACGUUCCCCAAACACUUUAAUUACAUUAGUAACGGUUGAUUUGGCAACUUUUAGCGAUUUUGCCAGCUUUGCGUGCGAGCAGCUCGGAUUUUCGCGAUGCGUGAGCAAAAUUUUGAUACGCUGCUCUUCUUCCUUGGACGGCAUUUUGACAACUGAUGAGUGAAUUCCAAAAUCAAAAUAGGAGCAACAUUCUGCACACACACGCCUUCAAAAUGAGGGGUGUUCAGGUUUUUUAAAUGCAAAAUUGAAAGAAAUACGUCAAGUUGAUAUUGACCAAAUUUUGACCGUAUCACCCUUUAUGGUCUUGCUUUUUCUUUACUAUAAAUCUCCAUUUUGAUUUUUUGAUUUGUGUAGGAGUUCAUAAAUUUUAAAUUCUGCCUUCGCCAAAAUGAUUAUCAGGAAUUCUAAGCCGGACACAAAAUCUAGAAAAUCCGGAAACUGAAAUCGACUGGUUGACCAUUUAAAUUUUGAAUAGAAACUUCGAUGCCUGAAGCGAUAGCAAACAGUACCCAAAAUGAGCUAUCAAUGCCAAACCGUCAGCUUAAUUUAGUAUCGCACUUUUCCCGAUGUCAAAAUUAGGUUUUAUCGAAGCAUCAAUAUAGAAAAAGAUUAUGCCUAACCAAUACCUAAAUAAGGCUUUGAUAUCCAAAUGGAAGCACUAUUUGGUUUUGUUUUUUCUUCCAAGAAAACAAAACGAGGCUUCAUUAAGGUUUCAUGUAUUAUGAUGAGCAGAAAAGUGAGAUUAAAAUGAUAGCAUGAUUUGGUAUUCAAUUUUCUGUGAUGAAAAAUCAGAUUGAAUUAGGUGUUCAAAAUUAAAUCGAACUAAAAACAAAAAGCAAAUUUGUUCGUUACUUUAGCAUCAAAUUUUUUUUUGAGUAAUUUGUCCGAAUAUAUCAGAUGUAAUUUGACUCCGUUUUAAGUGCAUUGAACGUAUUUCGAAACCUCGGCAAAGUGUUUCGAUUCAUCAUAGGUUUGUUUUUGUUAAUGAUACUUAUUUUUUUCGGAAACAUUAAACUAAAUUAUUUAAUUCCCUCCUAUUCCUGGAAAACCGAAUUAUGCUUCUAACCACUCCUCUACAAAAUCAACCAACAAAAAUUAAAAAAAAAAACAAAUGCUACUGAACCUGCACAAUUCCCAUCCCUCUUCUUCUCUGGGCUGAACCGCACAUUACACAACUAUAUCGCAAUUUCUAAACCUGCCCCACGCUGUUAUUAAAACAAAAAUGAAACCCAAAUAUGUGGCCAUCACACAACCCCCACGAAAAUGCAUCGCCAUCACUUUUCUCGAACCUGUUCUGUUUAAGCGAUUGAAGGAUUCGGCGGAGUGCCUCCGAUUCGCCCGCUAGAGACGCUGCACAAUGCACUCUCACUGCGCCAGCUGGACAACUUCCUGGAGAAAAUGACGACCGGUCCGCUGUUCAAGACGCCGGCAUCGUCGCCGCCCAAGUAUCCAUCGACGCCGCUGCCAACACCGACGCCGAGUCCGUCGGCGUCCUCGGUGAUCACCGAAGGCCGUUCCGUGCUGCCCCAGGCGAGUUGGAGCGGUCACUCCAGCAUGGCAAGUAGCAUGAGUGCCAUGUCUAGUGGUGGUCCUUCGUCUCCAAACUAUAGCGACAUGUUCUCUCGCGGAUGUCCCAGCAGUGAGAUGUCGGCAAGCAUAACUAGCACCGAUGGCAUAGCCUUGGCCACUGGAGGAGGCGUUCGAGAUGAUCUGCCUCAGAUAUUUCCAAUGAUCGACAAUGAUUUGAAUGUUUUGGGAUCGCACUUUAACUACGAUCAAUUAGCAACAAGCAUAAGCUUGGGAAGCCCGGCCAGAAUUCCGCCGAUAAGUAAAGAUGCAACCUUGGAUAUCAGCGGUGAUCUGACACCCAUCAGCACCUGUUCUGAUUGGGAGUUUAACACCAACGACGCUACCAAAGGAUCUACCAAUACGAACAAUGAUUUGACCGUCGAAGAAGAUGAUGAAGACGCUACUAUAUCGACAGACACUUGUCUAAGCACCGGGGAUCUAUCAGCGACUAACAUGGCCGAGAAUGUAUCACCAAAUUUAAACCUGGCUGCGGGUAGUACGGCUUCUGGGAAACAACUGCAGAAAGAGUUUCUGUUCGACAUGAAAAAUAUGCGCCAUGAAUUGAUCAAUUCGAGACACGAGGUUCCAACACCACCAACAUCUGCUCCGCCGGCGGAAGCAACCGUGUGGCACGGUACAGCAUGGCCUUCUUCAAAAGUUGAAAAUAAUCUACGGGGUGGGCGCAUACAGAAGCAGAUAAGUUUGUACGAGAAAGAAUCCUGUACUGAGGCAAAAAAUCUGUCCCAUGAGCAAAGUAAAUUCGGCGAACGAUCUCAAGUGACAUUGAAAAGAGCCACGUCUUGCAAUGAACAACCGUUUAACCGUAUCAAUAUGUCCUUUGAUGAGCUUCAGAAGGAGAUAACAAAUGUAGAUAAAAAUUUAGCCUGUAAAUUCGACUGUGAUCAGGAAAAAUGCUUGAAAACCACUAAAGCAAUGCCAAUUCGUUUGAACAACACCACGCCAACUCCGGGUGCGCUUGUGAUUCGAGAGGGUUUUAUAGAACCACCACGAAUUACUCGGGUCACCAAAAGUUUUCACGGUAAAACUGACUACCAUCAGGUGCAAGUGAACGAAAUCAAUCGGCGUGCAAGCGAUAUUGUCAGACCUUCUACUUCUAAUCCUGUCCUGGUUCAGGACAACGCGAAUCGAUAUAAUAAAAAUCAGAUUCGUCAAAACAUCAAUACGAAUUCGACUAGCAAACCGCAAUCUGCAAGUAGCAGCUCUGGGGUAGGACUUUGCCGAUUUACAACGUCAAUUGUACAAGAGACUGGCAGCCAGCUUGUUGCAGCGGAGCGAGUAAGACAAUCAGAUGCCUCAGAAUCGUUGGAUAUGCAGUUCGGUGGUCCUUCAACGAACGCGACUUCGGAAUCAACAACUGAUGUUACAGUAGAAGCAACAAUAGAACCGUCUACGAUGGAUGAAAACUAGACACUUUGUUAGGAGUAUGUUAACCUAAUGUUAUUCUUACUGCUGAAUCAAGGAAUCCAGUAUUAAAAGAGUCUAUCUAUAUUUACUUUA